AUGGCUACAUCGCAAGCCGCCUAUGUGGCAGAGAAGGUCAUUGGCCAUGACGACAGCGCCAUCACGGCCCAGGACGUUUCCGUCCCUAGUGGUGAUACAGGCAAAAGUGACACCAUGAAGGCUCUGUGCUGGAUGGGCAAGAACAAGGUCGAGAUACACGACGUGCCGCAGCCCAAGAUCCUCGAGCCCAAAGACGUCAUCCUCAAGGUCACUGGCAGCACCGUCUGUGGCUCUGACCUCCACCUCCUCCACGGCGUCGUUCCCGAGAUGGCCAAGCAUGACGUUCUGGGCCAUGAGUUCUGCGGUGUCGCCCACGAGCUCGGCUCCGAAGUCAAAAAGGUCCAGAAGGGCAAGCGCUACGUUGCGUCCUUCCAGUUCGCCUGUGGUGAUUGCUUCUUCUGCAAGAACAAGCUGUCGUCGCAAUGCGAGAAGACCAAUUCCAACCAGAUCAUGAAGAGCAUGUAUGGCGGACAAACAGCAGGCAUGUUUGGAUAUGGCCACAUCACUUCCGGCACACAGGGUGGCCAGGCCGAAUACGUCCGUGUUCCGAUCGGCGAUGUCAACCUCCUUGAGAUUCCCGACGAUGUUCCCGACGAAAAGGCGCUGUACCUAAGUGAUGUGCUGGCCACCGCUUACAACUGUGUCCACGACACAGCUGUGUAUCCCGAUGACCAGGUCGCCAUCUGGGGUCUGGGCCCUAUUGGCCAAUUCGCCGCCAUCUUCGCUCUCAAGGCCGGCGCUUCCAAAGUAAUCUGCAUCGAUACGGAGCCACGCUUGUCCUAUAUUAAGGAGCAUUGGCCUGCCGAGCACAAAGGCAAGCUCGAGCUCAUUGACUAUAAACAGCUGUCCUUUGGCGUCACCAACAAGCCUACGGUCGUGUCUCGCCUCAAGGAGCUUUGCGGCGGCCGUGGCCCCGAUGUCUGUCUUGAGUGUGCUGCCGGAGAGUACGCCAAGGGUUGGUUCCACUGGAUCCAGAUGCAGCUUGGUAUUGAGCAGGACACGAGCGAGAUUAUCAACGAGAUGAUUGAAGGCUGUCGAAACUUUGGCCGUUGUGGUAUUACUGGCAUUUAUCUCGGUUACACCAACACAAUCAAUAUCGGCUCGCUCAUGGAGCGCGGCAUCCGUCUCAUUGGCAAUGGGCAGGCCCCCGUACACAAGUAUUGGGAGGAGCUUCUUGCCAUGAUCCAGAAAGGCGAGAUCGAGCCGCUAGACAUGGUUACGCACCGUGUACGACUCGAGGAUCUCGACAAGAUCUACUACAUGUUCGAGAAGCGCGAGGAAGCCAUGCAGAAAGUAUUUGUUGAGACCAAGUUCUCAGCACCUGCUUGUGCUGGAAGCCCGUCAUUGAAGCGCUACUGA